CACCUUUGAGACCUGCAAUUCUGUAGACCCCUUACCCAUACCCCACGACAACUUUAACUACUCCAUAAAGCUACUUACUAUACCCUUUUGGAGAGCCAAUCACACCUCUCUCUCUCUCUCUCUCUCUCACACACACACACAAAAAAAAAAAAUUGUAUGUAGAAGUAAGGUUGUUUAGAGUUUGAAUGGAGAAUCAGUUGGGUCUUCUGAGAAUCCGUAUCCUUAGAGGCAUAAAUUUGGCCAUUAGAGACUUCAGAAGCAGCGAUCCUUAUGUUGUUGUUAGGAUGGGCAGACAGAAAUUGAGGACUAGAGUGGUGAAGAAGAAUGUCAAUCCCGAAUGGAAUGAUGACUUGACACUAUGUAUUGCUGAGCCAAUUCUGCCAAUCAAGCUGAUAGUCUACGACAAAGAUACAUUCUCUCGCGAUGAUAAAAUGGGCGAUGCAGAACUUGAUAUUGUACCAUUUAUAAAUGCAGCAAGGACGAAGCGCGUUAAGAACAUCCCCAAUGGAACCAUAAUUGCCAAAAUAAUUCCGAACAGGCAGAAUUGCUAUUCUGAAGAAAGCUGUAUUGCUUCUGAAAAUGGCAAGGUUGUCCAAAAUGUGUUUCUUAGGUUGAGAAAUGUUGAGUGUGGUGAAAUAGAGCUGCGUUUGCAAUGGAUAGACAUUCCUGGUUCCAAGUGUCUGUAGGUAGCUACUUCCAUCCCAACUAUUGUGGACACCAAUGUACACUAUGCUUGCUGGUUUUCAAAAAAUUUAGUGGCCUUGUAAAAAAAAGCUAGAUGAAAUUGUCUAUAUGAAUAUUGACAUUCAACUAAAUGGAGCUUGUCCUUUUUUAUC